UUGGCCGAAUCCGGUCGCAUAAUAAGAGUAAAUUGAAGAUCAGCUGAAGGUGUUAUAUGAUGUCAUUUCUACAAGUACCCGCAAGUUUGUGUAAGAGCUACUUUAACAAUGGCUGAUUGACACUCGGAUGGCACAAAUAUAUUCCCUACGAAACUGAUAAACACAACGAAAUUAUUAUAGUGACAGAUGUGGAGGACGUGUUCUAAAAUUUAGUCUCCAAUUGUUUGCAACAACGAAACGAAAAUCAUGUACCUACAUAUACAUGCGUAUUUCAUUCUGUUCCCGGAAGAUGUCAGGCAACUGUAAGUCAGUGACGUGGCAGUGUACCGCGUCAGGCGCUGAGUGUGGGAGACGUGUGUGAUGUGUAGCUAAUGCUUUCCGUGUCGUAAACUGAAGAAACUUAACUUAUUUCUUCAAGCUCUGUAUCGCACCAUUUUUUGCUUGUAUUUUGCAAUCCCCCCCAUUGCUGUCGUGCAAAAGGUGGGCAGGACAAGCAGAGUUAUAAUUCCGUAGUCAAAUUAAGUUGUGAUUUUAACUUAAGACGCCAGCUAUGAAUAGCCAAACUCCAAAAGACUACAGGGGAAAUGAAAUUAAAAAUACAGGCAAUACCAUUAUUUCAAAAAAUAGCAAGAAAAAAAGUCGGCAAAACAAAGAAACAGUGCCGGUACUUGUUAAUGAUGAUGACAAACAACAGUCAAACACCGAAGACGAAAUUCAGGAAAAAUUGAAUGUCUCUUUGCAGGACCUGCGUUUGGCAGCAGAGACACUCUCAUUUCAUCGACGUGCAGGAAGAAGUGAUGUAGAUGUAGAGCAAAGGCAGUAUACGUUCUGGAACACUCAACCUGUACCAAAAAUAAAUGAAUCCGUCAAGUGCAGUGGGCCAAUAGAAGCUGAUAAACGUGUGGCUGAAAUCCGGCAGACGCCGUUUUCCCUACCUGAAGGUUUCAUAUGGGACACACUUAACCUGAGUGAUCCAACGGUUUUACAGGAGCUCUACACGCUACUCAAUGAAAAUUAUGUUGAAGAUAACGACUGCAUGUUUAGAUUUGACUAUCCACCAGAGUUCCUAAAAUGGGCGUUGCAGCCCCCUAACUGGAAAAGAGACUGGCACUGUGGUGUCCGUGUAACGAAAAACAACCGUUUGGUCGGUUUCAUAAGUGCAAUUCCCGCCAAAUUAAGGGUAUAUGACCAGUCUCUGAGUAUGGUAGAAAUAAAUUUCCUAUGUGUGCAUAAAAAGUUGAGAUCAAAACGCGUCGCCCCUGUAUUGAUUCGUGAAAUAACCCGUCGUGUGAAUCUUUGCGGUAUAUUUCAGGCUGUGUAUACUGCUGGAGUUAUUCUGCCCAAACCUGUGGGAACAUGCAGAUAUUGGCAUCGAUCGCUCAAUCCGAAAAAGCUUAUUGAAGUGAAAUUUUCCCAUCUGAAACGAAAUAUGACCAUGCAAAGGACCUUGAAGUUGUACAGACUGCCAGAUUCGACAAAAACUCGGGAUUUCAGGCAAUUAACCGCAGCAGAUUCAUCGAGUGCGCAUAUAUUACUAAAUCAGUACUUAUCAAGAUUCGAUCUUGCACCAGUUUUUUCCCAUGAAGAGUUUUGUCACUGGUUUCUACCGAGACCCGGCGUAAUUGAUAGUUUUGUAGUAGAGAAAAACGACAAGAUAACGGAUUUUGUAAGUUAUUAUAGUUUGCCGUCAACAGUUAUGCAUCAUCCUACACACAAGACCUUGAAAGCAGCGUAUUCUUUCUAUAACGUCUCAUCAGAAACUCCAUGGCUUGAGCUAAUGACAGAUGCUCUCGUGACCGCAAAAAAUAGUGGCUUCGAUGUCUUCAACUCACUGGAUGUAAUGGAUAAUAAACAGUUUCUUGAAGCAUUGAAGUUUGGAGAGGGUGAUGGAAAACUGCAAUACUACUUGUAUAACUGGCGCUGCCCACCUAUGGAUCCUACUAGGAUCGGUUUAGUUUUACAAUAAGUGUACUUAAAGUGACAUUAAUACCGGCGGAUACAAAUGUGCUCAAGAAUGUCUGCUUAUUAAUGUUCAUUGGAUCAUUUGGGAAACUUUUUCAGUGUUUCUUAUUAGCUAGUACCGGUACCCGCUCAUCUUGUGAAGCAAGAAUAACUAGACUGGUUUCAUUUUAUCGAAAACAUGAACGCUUAAUUCUGUGAUACAUUUCGUUGUAUGCUGCGAUGGUAAAAUUGGUAGUUUAGUAGGUAGCAAACUCCUUAAGUAUCUUGUCUUUUAGUAUGUGUCCAUUUUGUGCAUAACUGAAUCUGCGGCUGAAAAUUAUGUUGUAGAAAGAUAAUUGUUUCACUGGGAGGCCCAAAACUCCCCCCCCCCCCUCCUCUCUCUCUCUCUCAUUAUUAUUAUUAAUUACUGUACAGUAUUUGUUGUGUUUCCCCGUUUCUCCUUAAAAUAUUACCUACAAGUGUUGCAAAAUAAAACUUUCUUACUUUCAGAUAUUUAAUGAUACUACAUACCAGAUGCUGAACUGUAUUUAUGUCUAUUAUGACUUCAAACACUGUAAUAUUUAAAUGUUUAUGUGUUAUGCAUACAGUUUUUUUUAUUACUGGGCCAGUUACGAAGUUAGAGUAUUUGAUCAUUGUCCUCGGAGAACUUAAUUUUCACUGUACAUUAGAUGUCUUUAUUUAAGCCAAAUAUAUAGUUUCCUCAUGUUGGUCUUACAUAUUAUAAAUGCAUUUUAUAAAAACCGUAUUUGAAAUAAAUAAUUGUGCAAUGUGUAUGGUUCUUACGUAUCUGCAAUAGCAGACAAAGCAUCAAUACAUAAUUUUAUGCCCUAAGAAAGCAACAAAUGAAAAUUAAUUUCUCUCUGUUAUUGAUGAAUUAUGGACGGGAUGUAGACAGAUAAAAUGUCAAAAAUAGUAUUAGUUUUUAAGCUAAGAUAUUAUGGUAUCAGAUACACUCUAUGUAUGGUACUACUUCUAUUUUCUGUAUCUCUCUUUGUGUUCCACAGAUCUGUGUUGUGAGUGCAUCACUCUGAUGUAGAACAUGUCGCAUGUUACCCCAGUA